UGAGCACUGAUCCUGUUUCGAGGAAUUUCACAUCUGUCGGACCUGCUAAAAUCAAGCAAUUUCUGAGGGAAAAAUGUUCACUAUGAGACAUAAUGGAUUAAGUGUUUCAUAGCUCAUGCAGGAAAAGUGAACAGCGUGCCAGUAAAUGUGAUGGACCAUCCAGACCUUCUCAAAGAUUUCUUUCCUCAUUAGUCUUUGAGGAUGUAGUGGAAUUCUGAGCAUGUCCUGCAGUGAAACUAGUCUCUCUUGAGUUCAUUUCCACCCCCUCCGCUGGACUGAGCUCUGCCCCUUCAGAUGCAGCCUGGGCUUUAUCUUCAUGCUGAGAGUCAUUCAGCAGCGGUAACCCGGCGCAGGGCACAGGAUUGUGGGGAGUACAGUAGCCAUGGCCGUGUUGUCAGCUCUUCAGCUUCUAUUUCUGUGCCAGCUGUUAACAUCAUCUUUUGCCCAGAGGCCAGGUCUGCGUGGUUCACCUGGACUGCCAGGUCCACCUGGACCCCCAGGGAAAGAUGGCAUUGAUGGUAAGGAUGGUCCUGCUGGACUUGCUGGAAAGCCCGGGCCAAAGGGAAUAGCUCGUAAACCAGGGGCUGCUGGAAGCCCAGGAAUACCCGGCCUCCCUGGAGUGGAUGGUUUGACAGGUCCUGAUGGUCCCGCUGGAAAGGAUGGACCACCAGGAGCAGUAGGCGAACAAGGACCUUUCGGUCCACCAGGACCCCCUGGCAGAGGGAGACCAGGAGCUGCAGGUCUUUCUGGAGCUGAUGGUCUUCCAGGUGGACCAGGGCCUCAGGGUCUGCCUGGACCUGAGGGUCUUCCAGGACUUUCUGGUCAGCCAGGCCAAGACGGACCACCUGGGCUUCCAGGAACUCUUCCUGAAGGUAGUGGAGAUCUGCUGUGUCCGUCCAUCUGUCCUCCAGGUCCUCCCGGACCUCCUGGAAUGCCUGGGUUUAAGGGUCAUACAGGUCAUAAAGGAGAUAAGGGAGAGGUGGGAAAAGAUGGAGAACUGGGCGAUCAGGGUCCGCCUGGUCCUCCCGGAAUCCCGGGUACAGUGGGUUUACAGGGUCCCCGGGGUCUGAGGGGUGUGCCGGGUCCAGUAGGGCCAGUAGGUGAUAGAGGAUUGCCUGGCUUCAGAGGAAAACCCGGCAUUGCUGGUGUCAUUGGAAAAACGGGUGACUCUGGUGAGAAAGGACCUCAAGGUUUUAAAGGGCCCAAAGGAGAGAUUGGAAGAACGGGCCCAAAGGGAGUACUGGGAGGUGUAGGACCCAAAGGUGAACCUGGCAUGCCAGGUCGAGAUGGGAAGGAUGGGACUCCAGGCCUGGAUGGUGAAAAGGGCGAUGCUGGACCAUCUGGGGUAUCUGGUGAGAAAGGACCUAAUGGAUUGCCUGGUUUGCAAGGAAAAGCUGGUAGCAAAGGAGCCAAGGGAGAAGUUGGAAAACCGGGGGAGAUGGGAAAAACCGGACCAUCUGGAGAGCCAGGUAUCCCUGGCGAGAUUGGCAUCCCUGGAGAGAGAGGAGAGGUUGGACCCAGAGGUGUAGCUGGUGGCAUUGGACUACCUGGAAACGCUGGUCCACAAGGUGUAAAAGGAUUCCAGGGUGUUAAAGGUGCUCUUGGGGAUCCGGGUUUACCCGGCCCGACUGGAAUUAGAGGCGGGUUUGGUGAGAGGGGCCCUCUUGGGGCUAGAGGUCCUAAAGGAGACAUGGGUGUGGCCGGAAGUGACGGUUUACCAGGAGAGAAUGGAGAGCCAGGUCCCUAUGGCCCUGUCGGGCGGAAAGGAGAGUCAGGUAAGCGUGGUGAACUCGGACCUAAAGGAGUUGCAGGACCACAGGGAGAAACCGGACCAAGAGGUGCACCUGGAAGAACGGGAACGAUGGGAUUACAAGGAGAGCAAGGUUUUCCUGGAUUUGCUGGGAAGACUGGUGUUCCUGGCAAACUGACCAGUGAGCAGCACAUCAGGGAACUGUGUGGAUCAAUGAUUGAUGAUCAAAUUGCUCAGCUGGCCGCAAACCUAAGAAGACCUCUGGCCCCUGGUGCUGUGGGACGCCCCGGACCUUCUGGAGCUCAAGGGAGGCCAGGAGAAGUUGGAUCCAUUGGUCACCCUGGAGCACGUGGUCCACCAGGUUAUAGAGGACUGCCAGGAGAUCUUGGCGAUUCUGGUCCAAGAGGGGAUUUUGGUGAGCCGGGUGAUAAGGGUCCAGUUGGUAAAGCCAUCGAAGGGCCUGCUGGAGACCAGGGUGAACAGGGUUUGCCUGGUGUGAAUGGCAUCGUUAAAGAUGGGCGUGAUGGAGCACCUGGAGAUCCAGGAGAGCAAGGAGAAGCCGGAAGAACAGGACGCACAGGACACCAGGGAUCACCUGGAAUCUGUGACACGUCAGCAUGCCAGGGUGCUGUGGUUCAUGGGAAGUCUUCCAAUCCCAAGAAGCACUAAAACAUCUGCAUGAUCAGGAGAGACAAGAGAACAAGAGUGAAAGAAAUAACAGAAUUCACUUUCAGAAGUGUUUUUGAGAGGAAUAUGUGAAGAAACGUUUGUGGAUCAUCACAGCAUUUCAGCGAUGAACAAACGAGAGUGGAACUGUGUGAUUUCGACUCAGUCAGCAUAACUGAUGAACAUCCUCAGACUUGAAUCACCAGCAUGUGUUGAUACAACAAAAGACUAAACUUCACUGAGAGACGGGAGAAGCUGACUGAGGCGUGAAAGCAACAGCAGUAAAAAAAACUAAGGACUUGAUUAAAAUCAACAAAUGUAGAAAUAUUUGACGUUUUACUGCAUCAGCAUUUUCAAACGUUUGUGUUUUUAAUUGUUUUGCUUUGUCUUUUUGUCCAACAUUUACUUCCUUAAAUGUGUACAAAAUCACUCUUUGAAGAAUAAAAAACUGCAUCGAUUCAGAUGCUUCAAACUCUUGUAAAAAUCUGUAGGCUCUAACCUCAUCCACUAGAUACUGGUGCUGUAACGAUUAACAUUAUACAUUCUUUUAAAUACUAUUUAUUUCCAAGUUACUGUUGUGUGUACAGUACAUUGCUACAGCAUGAUGUAAAAAAUAAUAA